AUGGUUGUUGGCUGUAGAACGCGACAAUUGUUCAACAGUUCGAAAACUGCAUUUCUUUUUCAAAAUUUCAAUUUUUCAACGUACAGACCAUUCUACAGAAAGUGCUCAAAUUUUUUGACAAAAGACCCAUUCGGGAUAGGGUUUAACAGACUCAAUUCCUUAGUAAAUUUAUGCUGUGGAUGUAGACAUUUAUCUGUAGACCAUUUUCAGUCAAGUGAUAAUAGAACUACGAUUCCGAAAUUGACGCCACAAGAGGUUGACGACAUUCUUCGUACCAACGAAUACUAUCACGAAUUUAGCGAAGGUAGCUCAGUGAAAUCUUAUGAAUCAAAUCAGCUAGCAUCCAACAAUCCAAUAGAAGACACUAGGGCGGAAGCAUCAUGUUUGCUUACCACAGGUUUCUUAUUCGGCGUCUUCGACGGCCACGGAGGCAGCGCAUGCGCACAAGUGAUAUCGAAACGAUUGUACUACUACAUAGCCGCUUGUCUGCUACCGCACGAUAGCCUUCUAGAAUAUAUCAAAUCUGUUCUUAGUCAACAGCCUAAGGACCUGAUAGCGUCUUAUAAUGAUAAAGUGCAAUUUGUAGACGAUAUUAGGCAGUUGUAUGAGAAGAGUUUUGCAAAAUUUUUAGCCGAUCUGUCAAAGGAAGGACCCGUUAAAACUUUCGAAAUGCACAACGCCAUCGAGCAAGCCUUCUUGCGGCUGGACCGAGACAUCAGUAACGAAGCGGUACCAAAAAAGGGCGAGGAUCUUAACUUAAAAACGAUGUCGGUUGCCAUGUCGGGAUCGGUAGUAUGCCUGGCGCAUAUAGACGGUCCUCAUUUGCACGUGGCCAGCGUAGGUGAUUGCACAGCCGUUUUAGGUACUCUAUCAGAGACGAACUCUUGGAUAGCGAACAAACUAACGAAUGAGCACAACACGUACAACCAAGCCGAAGUAGAUAGGAUAUUAAAAGAGCACCCGUACAACGAAUCGCUUUCGGUCAUCAGAAUGGACAGGCUGUUGGGACAUUUGGCUCCGCUUAGGGCCAUGGGCGAUUUUAGGUUCAAAUGGAGCAACGACAUCAUGAAAAACGUGAUCGCCAAACACUUCGGCGAUCAAAUCGUCCUACACAACUACCACACGCCGCCAUAUUUGACUUGCAAACCGGAGGUCAAGCAUCACAGGUUGACGGCUAGGGAUAAAUUUUUGAUUAUCGGCACCGACGGGUUGUGGGACAUGAUGACGCCGUUACAAGCGGUCAGAUUAGUGGGUGAGCACAUGAAAGGUAAAGUGACCCUUAGUCCGUUAACGCUUCCCAAGAAGAACAUGACGUUGAGCGAAAUCAACGAAAUGCUCCUCCAACGCAAAGAAGGGCUCAAAACGAAACCGAGGGAUUCGAACGCGUCCACGCACAUCAUCCGUCACGCUUUGGGCGGCACCGAGUUCGGUUUGGACCACUCAAAAAUUUCGCAGUUGCUCACGCUGCCCGAGGACGUCGUAAGAGUGUUCAGAGACGAUAUCACGGUUACCAUUAUCUAUUUCGAUUCGGAGUAUUUGCGACACUGUCCGGCGUAG